AUGGUCUUUGCGCGUCCUUGCGGCAUGGCCGUUUCAGUGGCACUACUGUGGUUCCUCUUGCUGGGCUGGGGUUAUGCUAGAGCUCUCAUACCUCUGGGUAUGCCGGAAAGUCUCGAUCUGCCAAAGAGUCAGUUCUUCCGAGAAGACGAAGUCAACCUCGUCCGGCGCGCACAGGACGGCGAUGGGAACAAUACAGAUAUAAAGCACAUGUUUGUCUGGCGUGGAGACGACAGGGACCCCGAGACAAUCCAGCGCCUUGGCGGCUUCAGUCCGGUAGGCGACUACGCCGACAACGAGGAAGCAUUCAACAUCAGGCGUCACACCCUGGGUGCCAUAAGGUGGAUGGAGGAUAAUGUUGAUGACUCGGACUCAGACAGCGGCGAUUCGGACUCAGAGAGCGGCGAUUCGGACUCGGACUCGAAGUUUGCUCAUGUGACGAACGAGGACUAUCGGAAGGCGUUCAAAUGCGGCUGGUCAUCUGCAUACGUGCCGACAGCGGCUACGUCCGCGACAGUCUGGAAGUACAGCUGGAUCUACUUGAUUCGUGCGACGCCAAACAUAGUUGAAGAAUCUUCCGUGUUCGGCGAAGGGCGCGACACCGAGGCAGAAUUCUCGGCUCUGGGGGGUGUUCUUUGGUCGCAAGUCGUGGGGCACAUGACGGUCGACACGUUGGAUUCGCUUAGACAACAAUACCCAGAUCUUAUCAUCCCGGACGACGUGGCUGUUCAAAAUAUCGUUCAAAACCGCCAAUACGAUGAGGAACGGUUUCGCAACUCCUUCGCCGCUCCGCCCUCGGUGGCAGUGGGUGCAACCCCGGAGGGCCGGCCGUAUUUCAACUCCAGACAGGGCGCGAUACACUACAUGGGACUUCCUGGCGUGGGCGAUGUUGUCGGCUGGACGGGUCACUUUCCCUUGCUCCCAGUCGACCCAUCCCCGCCGCAAGCCGAAACAUGCCCGGCCAAUGACAGUAUCCCCGGCCCCUCAACGUCCGUCGGCCAGGGAGGUCAGGCAUAUUCCGAGGAUGAUAUCAUCGUUGCUGCCGAGUUCCUGCAAGAGAACAACGCUCCAUGCGCCCUUUCGAGUCUCGACCCAAGAACCCAGUUCCUGAUUCUGGAGGCAGAUGCCGCCAUCGCGAGAGCCUUGGCCAGGCUAGACCAGGUUCGCCCCAACGAGACGCAUGGAACAAUCGAUGAGGCAAACGAGGCCAUCCAGGCCAUUGUUGCUAGAAUGAGGCAGAGCGAAGAACAAGGCACGUGCAAUCUCGUUGCCAAAUGCAGCUCGAUGAAACAGUCGCCCAAACGCAAGAGGGCAAUAGACGGUGCCCGAUUGGCAGUUUUCUGUGAGAAGUCGCACAUUCCGAAGAAUAUCACUCUUCACUGCGAUACCGCGAAGGGCUUCAACUGCAAGGGCAAAAAGCCUCAGAAGGCUCGAAAGCCCCAGGGACCGGUUGACAAGGUGUUUUACGGGAGCUUCCUGUGGCCCGAGGAGGCUAAGAAACAGGGCGGCUUCCUCCCGCCGAGCGCGACUCCCCCCGGCCCGACGUACGACGUGGUCGGGGCUCCCGAGGAGCCAGAGGUCGUCUAUGAAGACUUUGCGGCCUACCUCUUGCCGACCUUCCAGAGCCUCGGCGCCGCGGCGAGGCACGCGUCGCAGCUCGCGUCCAAGGAGACGGGCGACUUUGAGGGCGUCGUGUACGCCGUGCACGCCACGCCAAACAUGGUGAGCACGGGCAAGGAGUCGGCCGCCGUGGGAGGCAUCCUGUGGUCACAGGUCAUGGGCUGGAUGCAGGUGCCUCGCGGCUACGAGGUCCCCGACAAGAACCAGACCCCCAAGCAGCGCGCCCAGAUGCAGGAGCACUUCCGAAAGGCCUUUGCCGAAAAGGUGGACCUCUUCACGCCUAACAAGAACUACGACGACAAGUUUAACCAGUUUAACGCCACGACGCAGGUGCCGGACAAGAUGGACACCCCGCAGGACCUGAUUGGCUUCAUGAACAAGAACGGCCAGGCCGUCGGCUGGAACGGCGGGUUCCCCCUGAUCGGGACGGACCAGGUCGUCAAGGGCAGUGACUCCAAGACGGCCAAGACCAACAAGGCCGUCGCGGCGCCCCACGAGCCGGGCUUCUUUGAGCAGAUUGGCAACUUUGUCAAGGCCCACCCCAUCGCCAUCGCCUUGCUGCCCGUCGUCGCCAUCGCCAACCUGUUCCCGGGCCUGGGCCAGGUCGCCGACGCGGCCGAGGUCGCGGCCCUGACUGCUGAAGGGGCUGAGGCGAUCGAGCUGACCGAGGUUGGGGGCUCGACGCUGGCCAACACGGGCAAGGGCAUUGCUCAGAUCUUGCAGAAUGCGGCCAAGUUAAAGGUGGAGUGA